AUGCAGUCGAGAUUAGUUGAACUUGGUUUACAAUCAAUAGAUGUUGGUGGUGCAGGUGAUUGUUUCCUUAGAUCUUUAUCACAUCAAUUAUAUGGCAAUAGCAACCAUCAUAUGCAUAUACGUACUGCUGGGGUUCAAUUUAUGAGAGACAACGCAGAGAGAUUUAUUGAGAGCAAUACCGAAAAUUCAUGGCUAAGAUAUCUGAAUAAUAUGUAUGUGUAUUCAAGGUACAUGGGCUGAUGCACUUAUCAUUCAAGCAGUUGCAGAUGCAUUAA